GACUUUUCCAUGGCGCAUGUGCAUUUGGGAAGAUCGAAAAAGCACUUCCAGGAUUGUCAUAUAAUUAGGAAAGAGGAAUAAAAGACAAAAGAGAUUUAUUAACUGGUUAUAGAUGUAUGCACACAGAAAAGAAUAUGAAGCGACCACGCAAUGUUGAUUGUGGCAAACUCAGAAGACCCAUGAAGAGAAGUAAAAUAACGGACGGUAUCUAUGGAAGCACAUUCUUGUACAUGAGAUUUCUUUUGGUCUGGGCUCUUGUUCUGAUGGCAGAUUUUAUUCUUGAAUUCCGAUUUGAGUAUUUGUGGCCUUUCUGGCUUCUACUACGCAGUGUUUAUGACUCUUUUAAGUACCAAGGACUUGCCUUCUCUGUUUUCUUUGUCUGUAUUGCUAUCACAUCUGAUGUGGUGUGUUACCUCUUUAUACCCGUUCAGUGGUUAUUUUUUGCUGCUAGUACUUAUGUUUGGGUUCAGUAUGUUUGGCAUACUGAAAGGGGUAUAUGUCUUCCGACGGUCUCCCUAUGGUUACUCUUUGUUUAUAUUGAAGCUUCUGUUCGUUUAAGAGAACUUAAAAGCCUGCCAUUUAAUUUAGAUCUAUGUAGGCCUUUUGCUGCCCAUUGUAUUGGUUAUCCUGUGGUUACAUUAGGUUUUGGUUUUAAAAGUUACAUAUCAUAUAGAUUGAGAUUGCGGCGACAGAAAGUAGUUCAGAAAGAAAAUGAUUUUUACACUCAAUUACUGAGUCAGUCUCUACCACUAGAGUUGCAAUAUAAUGCAGAUAAACAUAAAGCCUUAACACCAAAACCAGAAGAGGAAGUAAUCUCAAAUGGUGUAGCUGGUAAAAAAGUGAAAGUAGAAGAAGAAAAAGAUAAAGAAAAAGAUCGAGAUAAAGAUAAAGAAAGAGAAAGAGAAAAAGACAAUAAAAAACAGACUAAGUCAGUUGAUAUAAAUGAAGCAGAUGAAGUGGAAUUUAUAGAGAAAUCUUGGCAAAAGAAGUCAAAUGUGAAUCAAUUUAAUGAAAAUGUUGAGAGUAGUGAACAGCAAACUAAGUCUUUUAAAACCAGUGGGAUGGCUAAAAGUGCAGCUAAUAAACUUAACAGCAGUAAAGAAAAUAGUGCUAAUAAAAAAAGCAAGAACUACAGCAAGGAUUUAUCACCAGCUUCUUUUACCAAUAACAAGGACGAGGUUAUACUUAGGUUAGAAAGUGAUAUCAAAAAGAUAAAAAGUGAACUUCAGAGCAGUAGAAAUCAAGAACAGGAGCUACGUUCUCAGAUAAAUAACUUAGUUAGUGGUGAAAAGUCCCAGCAUUCAGAAAUAUAUCAACUUCAGCAGGAUAAUGACAACUUACAAAAUAAAUUACAUAACCUUGUUACUAGUCGGCAGCAGGAUAAACAAAAUAUAGCUAUAUUAGAGAAAAAAUUAAUAGAAGAACGAAAAUUACGGACCUCAUUUGAACAACAGCUGGCUGCUGAACGAAAGGCCAAAAAGGUAGAGGAUGCAGCUGCUGCUCGAGCUGUUGCCAUGGCAUCUGCGUCAAGGAAUGAAUGUACAGAAAGCUGUAAGGCAAGGCGAAGAGAAAGUGAAAAUGAUGUGAAACUGCUAAGAAGAGAUCUGAAAUUACGGGAAGAUCAAUAUCGCAAUUUAGAUGUUGAGAUUCAGACGUUAAGGCAGAUAAAAGAUAAUCAGAAAGAAAAUGUCUUGAUGGCUGCUCUUGGUGCAAUGCAGGAAAAAAAUACUGAAUUAGAAAAUAGUUUAACUGCCGAAACUCGUUUUAAACAAGAAUUAUUUUCAGCUUUAGCCGAGGAAAGAAGACAGAUCAAGGUUUUACAAAUUUCUGUGGCAGAAAGAGAAGCUGUGAUUGUGGAAUUGAAAUCAAAAAUAGCUGAAGUGAUGGCUCUUAUACCAAGUACAACCACAUACCAGUCUCUUAACUCAGAAAGAACCUCUUCACCACUCUUCUCAGCCAAAUUGUGUCAGGAACAGUUCCCUGCUCCUGUCACCAUUUCAAACCUCAAUCCCAAUGCCUCCGAUUACACACCCAAAAUGGCCAUUUAAACGACCACAGUAAAAUGUCUGUCUUUGGUGAACAGUAUGUCACAAUAUUCAUAUUUAUUCUGUCUUAGUUAUUGUUUAUUAUCAGACAAAGAGGAAAGAGACUUUAUUUUAAAACAGUGUAGCUUCUGAUACCUACUGUACAGUACUUAUUAAAUAUUUUAAAUGAUAUAUUAUGAAAUACAUAAAACUUGAAAGCAAUGCUAUAUUUACAAUUGUCAAGAGUUCAUAAUGUUAAGAUGUAUUUAUUGUUGAUCACAGACUUUUCAUUAUUGAUACUAUACAUACAUGCCCUAGGUUAUUAUGAUUGGCCAGCAGCUUAUCAGGGGUACAGGAUUACUUCAAACAAAGUGAAUAAUCUGAUUGAGGAAAACUAGAAUAGAACAUUAUUGGCUGAACAAGUUUAGAGGGAAUUCAUUUUAUUUUUAAAGUAGGGUACCCCUCAUUAGUUUCUGGCCUUGUCCAACCAUAAUGAAUUAAUUACACAGCUUUUGAAGCGACUGACUUGUAUCUAUUGUAUAAAUCAGUAGUUCUCAAACUGUUUGGCUUCAAGCUUACUGCACACUUGUGUGUUUGGAAAUUAAGACAGCACAUCAUUGAACUAAAACUGUAAUAAUGUAAUCAUUGUAUUGUGUAAUUGCAGUAGUAGUUGAUUUGAAGCUGCUGAUUUUAAAUUUCAUUUAAAUCUGAAAAAAGAAUCAUACCUAAUUUUUAACUAUUAUUUUAUAAUACAGUCAAUACACAGAAACAAAAUUUUAAAAUUAACUGAACAACUCAAUUUGAAUAUUGUUCCCUAGAUGACAAUAUUUCCAUGGCUACAAUCUAGUCUCGACCAUCCAGAAUAUAUCCUGCUAGUCUUUAGGAUCAGAGCAUAGGAUUAGCCCUGCGCAUACGGUCCAUUGUCAACUUGUCAACUUCUCGCUAGAGAUAGAUACUUUUGAGCUAGUACUUUUACUUUGUGUAUCAUGGACUUAGUCAUCGAAAUUGUCAUUAAUUUUCUUUGGCUCAUGAGUUUUUUUGUCAAAAUGUUCUUCAUUAUCGUGGAUCAAUCAUUUUUUAAUUAAAAAAAUUACUUCUAAAAUACUAAGUUACCGAUUUAAUUAAAUUAUCAACACAGAUGAACAUACACGCUUGUGCAGACAGCAAACGUACAGCUAUACAUGUAGCUGUAUUGUAACCGGUCUUUGUAUCGUUUGCUAGAUGACAAUAUUCUCAUGGCUACAGUCAAGUUGUUUGUGGUGUUUAAUAGUCACUUCCACUGAGGGUGAUAUUGCAGACAAGUUGUUUUAUUUAUCUAUUUUUUUAUUUCUCUGGGAGGAAACCGGACUCACGGUUGAGAAAGGUACCCCUAUCUCAGUGAUGGGAUUUCGCCCGUAUAUUCUAGACAUGUCCAACGCUAUUUUCCAAAUGUCCUAAAUUGUCCGACCAGGAAUAUCCCCAAUUGGACAUCAAGACAUUGUGAAUAAUAUUCAAAAUUGAUAGAGUGUACUGAGUGUAUAUAUACAAGCGAUAAGCAAAUUUCAUUGGUUGAGACUUUGAAACACGCUAUAACUUCUAGUUGAGGUGGAAUGUUCAAACUUGGUGUAGGCGUUCAUUAGGUGAAUGCCUUGAUGGAGUUCAAUGAUAAACAUUGUCUGCUUAUGGUAAGCAGAGAUAAGCAAUCUAAUUGGUUGAUGCUUUGGGGCACGAUAACUUUGGUUUUAAUUAAGUGAGAGUAAGAUUCAUUAUAUCAUUACCUUGACUAAGUUUGAUGAGAAUUUUCUGCUUAGGUUAAGGAUCGAUAAGCAAUUUGAUUGGUCAAGACUUUGGAACAUAACUCUGCUUUUAAUUGAGGUAAAAUAUUUAAACUUGAUGUAGAUGUUCAUUAGGUGAAGGGGGAUCACGUGGCUAAGUGGGUAAGACGCUGGCUUGCUAGCCUGGAGGUCGGGUGUUCAAUCCCUGCAUUGGCCGAGAAAUAUUCAUUCAGAUUUUCCGGCGUGGUUUUCCCCUUUUCAGUGAUGCAGGAUGGAGGGCCUGACAAGGACAGCUGUCAAGUCGUUCGGAUGGGCCGAAAAACCGAGGUCCCGUGUACACAUUGGCGUGCACGUAAAGAUCCCUUGGCAGUGGGAAUUCGAUAUAAGAGUAGGGCGUAGCGCUACUGCCCGGGCAAAAUUUCCCUCAUAGCACACUGUAUGGCGUAUGCCCGUCUUCAUUAGCCCAUAACAGUAGGACGUUAAACCCCAUUUCAUUUCAUUUCAUUUCAUUUCAUUAGGUGAAUGUCUUGACUGAGUUCAAUGAUAAACAUUUCAAGCUAAAGCUAAGCAAUUUCAUUGGUCGAUGCUUUGGGACAAGAUAACUUUGAUUCUAUCUGAUAGAGAGUGAUGAAACUUGUUUGUUUGAUUGCUUGAUACUUUUGAAAACAAUAAAUGUGCGAUUAAUGAAUAUGUGUCAUCUAUUUAUUUUGGGAUUUCGGCGGGGGACAUCAGCCUCACUGUUAACUUGAUAAUAAUUUAUAUAACUUUUAGGCCUAAAGAAAGACCUGCAAUAGGCAAAGUUAGCUCUUGAAUAAUUGAAUAAUGUAUCAUUAAUUGGAUGAAUACACAAUAAUCUAAUCUUAUUAGAUUAUUCUUAUUCUAGCCGCCGCUUCAUAACCUUUAGUAAGGUAAGGUAAAUACGACAAUUUUUCAUAAAUUGCUGACACUACAAGUGUUUCUUCAGGCAAAAUUUGAUGCUGAAUCCGAAUCUGUUGAAAUUUUCGACCUAAUGUGUGUCUUUCAGUCAGUACAGCCUCCAUUUUCCAAAAUGGCGGCCAAAUUUAAGAACGAACGAUUUCCAGUGGAUGAGCUAAACACCUAUAUUCAGAAUGCUAUAAAAACCAGAAAUGAGUUGAAAAAUGAUGCCGAUACAUUCUUGAAAUCUGUUCUUGGAUGGUCUAUUUACUCUUAGAAGUUUGUUUUACUCCUUUCAGUGUAUGAAAGCAUGCUCAUUCUCAAUAAACUGUUUCUUACAUUCCUUAAUACAUAUUAUUACUGCUUUUGUGCUUCUCUAUUGAUUCACUGGCUAUAAUGCGAGAAGACUUUCAGAUUUUUACACCAACAAUUGAUUAUUUUUCCACAAUGACAAUUUUAAGUGCAUUUUUGAACACGGCAUCCUUCUCUGUGACCCAGAAAACCAUAGAAAAGAUAUAUUACACGCCAUAUCUCACAUACGUUUAUGAGUAUAAUCGCAAAAAUCAUAUUUUGACCGCCAUUUUGGAAAAUGGAGGCUGUACUGACCGAAAGACACACAUUAGGUCGAAAAUUUCAACAGAUUCGAAUUCAGCGUUAAGUUUCGCCUCUAGAAACACUUGUAGUGAAGAAAAAAGUAUAUUUACCCUACCCUACUUUUAGGUGGAAUGUUCACAAAUGAUUAAGGGUGAAUAUGAACUAAUAUUAUGUACAUUUGACUGUGUAAUGUUGGUGUGACUUUUAUUUGCUUUAAAAUAAAUCUAUUUCAGUGUAUCACCAUAUGCAGUAUUAAUUUUGAAGCUACUGUGUUAUGAUUUAUAGAAUAUAAUAUAGACAUUUUUUAGCCAGGAUUUCUUUCCAUUAAAAAAAACUGUUUCGUUGAUACAGAGUUUUGAAAGUAAUACUCACUUACGAGGGCUGGUUGAAAAGUUCCAAGCCUAUCUGUGAAAGACCUGUACAAAGUCGAUGGCUUCUUUUUAUUUUUCUACAUAGUCCCCUUCGAGGUGUACACACUUUCGCCAACUAGGUUGCGAUACCAAUCAGGAAGAAACGUUGUUCAGCCACCCUAAAAAAAUUUGUUCACAGCUGACAUGACGUCCUCAUUACUAGGAAAAUGACGACCGGCUAGUUCCUUUUCAUUUGUAUACGCCCAUAUGAAAAUGUGGACGUAUAUUGCCGUAGCCCCCGUCCGUCCGUCGUCCACAAUUUCUUGUGGACGCUCUAACGCCAAAUGUUAUGAUCCAAUUAUUUUAAAAUUGAUAUAUGUUGUUGACGUUAGUAAGAUGAAGAAGCCUAUUUAAUUUCAUUUUCGUUUAUUACGUCUAGAGUUAUGGCCUUUUUUCACUUUGUUGGACCUUGUGAACGCUGUAACAUCUAAAGUUAUCUGCCGAUCUGUAUGAAAUUUAUAUGUGUCAUUUAAAUUAGUAAAAAGAAGAAUCCUAUUGAAUUUCAGUAAUUUCCAUUUAUUACUUCUAGAGUUAUGUCUCUUGUUUCACUUUGUGAACAUUCGAAUGACAAAAGUUAUCAUCUGAUCUGUAUGAAAUUUAUAUGCAGUAUUUAAAUCAGUAAAAAGCCUGUCAAAUUUCAAUAUUUUCUGUAAAUUACUUACAGAGUUAAGGCCCUUGUUUCAGUCUGUAGAACCUUGUGAACCCUCAAACGACAAAAAUUAUAAUCUGAUCUGUAUGAAAUUGUCUUGUAAAUGCACCCAAUUAACUACAAAAGAAUAAAUAUGCGUCAACCCUUCUUGACCAAUCGGACGAUUUAGCUGCUGUGGGCGUAUGUUUAGUUGCCUGGCAACAGUGGCAACCUAUCUUUAUGCUCCCACAUGGAAAUGUGGUCGUAUAUUGUGAACACUCUACAGACUACAUUUAUCAUCUGAUUGUUUUGAAAUUGAUAUAUGUCGUUUACAUUAGUGAGAUGAAGAAGUCUAUUUAAUUUCAGUAACUUAUGUUAAUUUUUAUACGCCCACAUUGAAAUGUGGUCGUAUGUUGUUGUCACCCCUGUCCGUCCGUCCUUCGAUUGAUAAUAUCCAAUUGGCUUUAAAUUUAUACACAGUGUUUAAAGUCAUAAGACGAAGAAGCCUAUUGAUUUUAAGCGAUUUUUGAUAAUUACUGCCAGAGUAAUGGCCCUUGAUCACUUUGAAAAAUCUUGUGGACGCUCUAGAGGCUUAAGUUAAUAUCCGAUUGAGUUUAAAUUAAUACAGUGUUUAAGGUCAUGAGACGAAGAAUUCUAUUGAUUUUCAGCGAUUUCCGAUAAUUACUGCCAGAGUUAUGGCCCUUGAUCACUUUGAAAAAUCUUGUGGACGCUCAAAAGGCUAAAAUUAAUAUCCGAUUGACUUUAAAUUUAUACACAGUGUUUAAGGUCAUGAGAUGUAGAAGACUAUUGAUUUUCAGCGAUUUCCGAUAAUUACUGCCAGAGUUAUGGCCCUUGAUCACUUUGAAAAAUCUUGUGGACGCUCUAGAGGCUAAAGUUAUCAUCCGAUUAACUUCACUAACAUUUUUUCCCCGCUGGCUACGAGCCUUGAUCUGUAUAAAAUUUAUAUGCAUCAUUUAAAUUAUUGAAAUGAAGAAACCUAUUGAAUUUCAGCAAUUUGUUUAUGACGACAAAAGUUAUCAUCCAGUGUGUCGUACGUAACUAACGUACGAAAAUUAAUUGGUGGGUAGCUUUUUUUGGCACGUAUACAGUGAAUGGCCAUUUUGCUCAGUAAUCCCAGCCAGAAUUUGGCUAUUUUCUAAAUUUGCGUUGAAGUUUAAAAUAUUUGUUUUAGAACUGAAAUAAAUUAACUAUUAGUCAACCCCAACGCAAACAACAUUAACAGAAUUGAUUGUGUAUAUCUGAAAUAGACACGACCGACGCUCAAAAUAGUGCCAAGAUGGCAGCCUCUAUGAACAACCAUUCGCAGACGCUGUCAUUGAAGACGACGUCAGUUCUAUGAGUUGUAGAUGUUAUUUUUGUGAAAAAUAAUUGGAAGAAGAGAGAACAUGUUGGGACUGGACGAAUUAUAUAGUCUUUAUGGGUGCAAAGGAAACAAUGCUGAAGAUAAACCUAUUGUUUACAAUGUAACGUGUUGUUGACCUCAUGACCCAGUGAUGUCAAUGUCACGACCUGUGAUGUGUAGAUCACGUGAUAUGGAUAUCAUGGCUAUUGACUGUGUCUGAGAUACUUUUCCGCAGGUAGCGUGUCUCAGAUGUUCAGAAUGCCAGUCUGUGUGCAAGUUCUAGAGGUAUGACCCUUGUUUCACUUUGUCGGACCUUGUAAAUGCUCAAACGAAAAAAGUUAUCAUCUGAUAUGUAUGAAAUUUAUAUGCAUUAUUUAAAUUAGUGAAACGAGGAAGCCGAUUGAAUUUCAACAAUUGCUGUUGAUUUCUUCUAGAGUUAUGUCCCUUGUUUCACUUUAUUGAGCCUUAUGAAUGCUUGAUCGACAAAAUUAAUCAUCCGAUCUAUAUGAAAUGUAUAUGCAUCAUUUAAAUUAGUGAAACAAAGACGCUUAUCGAAUUACAGGAAUUUCCGUCAAUUACUUCUAGAGUUAUGGCCCUUGUUUUACUUUGUUGAACCUUGUGAAUAUUCGAACGACAAAAGUUACCAUACAAUCUGUAUGAAAUUUAUAUGCUUUAUUUAAAUUAAUAGAACAAAAAAGCCUGUCAAAUUUCAACAAUUGCUGUCAAUUACUUCUAGAGUUGAGGCCCUUGUUCCAUUUUGUAGAACCAUGUGAAGCCUCAAACGAAGAAAAUUAUAAUCUGAUCUGUAUGAAAUUGCCUUUUAAAUCCCCUCAAUACCUACAAAAUAGUAAACAUGCGACAACCCUUGUCGCCCGCUUGGACAAUUUAGCUGCUGUGGCCGUAUGUUUUGUUGCCUGGUAACUUUGGAAACAUGUGAAAGUCUGCUUCAAAACGGCGCAGAUUGUCACAGGACGUCAGGAAUCUUGACACAUUUUAGAUCUGCAGUCAAGAGCUUUGGCACCCAUCUUGCAGAAACUUUUGUCAUUCCUAACUGGUUGGCUAAUGUGCUCAACCCUCUCAUGAGAGAUGCCCACAACACCGGCAAUAUAUGUCAAGUGGUCAAUCCUCGAUCAGUCAUCGCCAUGUCAUGCACCUGGGUAAUGUGUUCUUGAAUGGUUGCUUUUGAAGGCCUUCCAGGAUGCGGGUCAUCGUCAAGGCUCCCUCUGCCAUGCUUAAAUUCUGCAACCCAAUUCUUUACUGUGGAAAAGGAAGGGGCAUCAUCCCCUAAAGUGGAGACCAUGUCGGCAUGUAUCUGUGUUAAGGGUUAGUCCAUUCAGUUACAGGUACUUGAUGACUGCCCUGUACCCAGUUUUGUCCAUUACUGGUGAUUUCAAUGGGUACGUUCACAAGAUGGUCUGGUACGAAGACAAUAAUAACACUACAGUUGCAGUUCUUAUGUCUAUGAUUCAUUCAAUGAUUGAACUUGUUGAUGGCAAAAGUUUGUUUCAACCGAACUGAUCUAUCUUUUUCAGGCUUAGAACUAUUCAGCCAGCCUGUGUAAUAUUAUAUAUUCUUAAAUAUAUGAUGUUAAAUACAAGUAAUUCAAAUUUCAUUUUUCUUGAUCCAACAAUUAUUUCCUUUUAAGUAGAAUAUUUAAAUGUUUUCAUAUGAUAUAAAAUAUUCUGCAACUACUCUAUAAUAUACGCAACUCCACAGAUCAUGUGAAUGAUUUUUAUACGCCCACAUUUUUAUGUGGACGAAUAUUGUCAUCGCCCCUGUUCGUCCACAAUUGUUUGUGAACACUCUACAGGUCAUAAUUUUUAUCCGAUUUCAAUGAGACUUGAAAUAUAGGUUUAAAUUUUUAGACUCUUUGCAGAAACAUCACAAUUUACAAAUGGCAUGCACAUGUCAAUUAUCAGUAAUAUUGCUGAUAAAUUAAUCCAAUCUAUUAAGAUUGUGUGUUCAUUGUUCAAAGGAUAUUAUGUCUCAUCUAAUGUUAAAUCUGCUGUUUAUGUACUUGAUAGUUCUAAUGUCAAUUUUAAGAUGAAGAUUUUUUAAUAUGCAUGUUAAUUUAUUGUAAAGAAAAGUAACAUAUUGAUUAUUGUGAGUCUUACAGGUUUUUGUUUAAAUAUAAGCUUACAUUGUUUAUAAUGUAUUUAAAUUUUAAACAAUUUUAUUCCUCUUUUUCUCUGAAAAUAAUACAAUGAAUUGAGAUAUGGAGGAACCCAUCCACUUUUGUUGAUGUGAAGAUAUAACACAUUUUUGUUUAAGUGAAGGGUGCAGUUGCCAAACCUUAUUUAAAUAUUGUAGUCGCCUUCUAGGUUGAUCCAUACCGGACACAAGGCAUGAAUAUUGAUAACCAGUGCGUAGAAUAUGUAAUGAAGAUGUCGGUAUGUUGCAGAAGGUUCUCUUUGAAAGCUUCAGUUGUUGUCUUGGCUUAAGUUAUAUCAGUAUAUUUAUGUUUUGUGUGUUUACAGCGCUGUGUUUGUAGAAAGUUUUAAGGGUUCAUGACUGAACUGCCCUGUAUAAGCUGCUGUUAAAAUGUACCUGUAGGUAUCCACUGUCAGAAAUUAAAAGGGUUACCUUUUAUGGUAAUUUGGGCUUC